AAUAUACAUACACACAUACAACCAUACAAAGAUGACAACGACACCAAACUCUCCCCUCGCCGUUAUUCUGUCUCUUUUUCAUUCCUCCCGUUUAUCUAGUUUUCUUUAAGGCCUAUGCAAAUUCGCGCGUGAGGUGUUAAAAUCUUAAAGUUCCGGUUAGCAGCUACAUUUGCCAUUUAUCAUUCUUUACCAUCGUUAUUAUACAUCACUUGCUACUACGCCGACAAGUUUUCAAAUACACGUUCAUCGUGGCACCUGUGGAAAAUGUACAUGCGUGUAAUGCGAUACUCGACCUUACUAUCAUCGUUUCUUUGUCUUUUUCAUGUAGAAUGUGUAAGACACACGAGUCCAUUAAAAAAAAUGCGAUACGUCAUAUGUAUGUGAGUCUUUCGUGGCGCGAUAACUACACUUUUGUGGAAAAGAUCACCACAAGGCAAUGAAGAUGAGUUUCUCUCUAUCCUCACUUCAGCCUUCUAGCAAUAGUCUAGAAAGGCGGAAGCAAGUGAGCAUGCCGUUAGAAAGACCUUAUAACAGUCUUACCAAAAAAAGAAAAGAUCCAAAACAAAUGCAAUGUCAAAGAAUGUGGACUAACAGAGAAGAUAGCAAAGAUGACUUUUGGGCUGCGAUACGGUCCAAUUAUGAUUAUAUUAUGGAUACUAAUUUAAUUGAUAGUUGUAAGGAAGCUAAUGGUGAAUUAACUUGGGACGAGACAGACGUAUCCACUCAGUCGUGGAGUUUGAAGGAAGUUAGUUGCCAAUUUUCAGAGCUUUAUUCGUGGUUAAGAGUCCUUCAGGAAUUAGUUUAUUCUAAAGAAGAAAACCUUUUGGACAAAAGCUUACGUGCGGCUCACAUGGAGGAGUUGCGACGUAGGGCAUACAGAAGAAAAUUGUUCAAUGAACAAGCAGAAAAAUUAGUAGCAUGCACCCCUGCAUUAAAAGAUGAAGUGGCGUGGCGUGUUAAUCAUUUAAAUACAAAGUGGGAAUUAGUAGAACAAAUUAUGGCACCUGUAGAACGGACUGUGUCCGACGAACAGGACGUAUCUGCAGACUUUGAACACGAAGUGCGGUGUUUAAGAAAAUGGUUACGAGAAAUGGAAUCGCGUUUGAAGCCAUUGAGUUUUCACGUAGAUUGGACUUUAGCAGAAUUAGAAGAAAAGGCAAUGGAGCAUAUGAUACUCCAACGAGACAUAGAGGCACACGGGCGUAUCAUAAGCUCGGUCGUGAAGUUGAGCGAGAGAGUAUUCAAGCAACGACAGCAACAGUCUGCCCAAUCAUUAAGAGUCGCGAGAUCGCUCGAGCGUCGCUGGCAUCUUCUCUUUUUACGUGCUCUCGAGUGGCAGUGUCAUAUCGAAACCCUUGCAUCGCGAGCAAGUAAUAAGAGUGGCGUUUCUUGCCAAUGCAGUAGCGAGAGCGACGAGGAGCCGGUCACGAAACAGCCUCGCUUGAGUUGUAGUAGACAAUCUUGUGGUUCCGGAAGAGAAUCUCCUGCCUCCGUUGGUAUUACUCCGACUACAACGAUCAUUAACAGCACUACUACAACUGCAACUGCUACUACUACUACUACUAUUACUACUACUACUACUACCACUACUACUACCACUACUACUACUACUACUAGUACUACUGCUAAAUACGUUCGUACGAAGCAAACAAAGCAUUUUAGAUCUCGAGUAAGAAGAGAUUCCGAGAGAACGAACAGUUCAAGAAACGAAUUUUCGGAUAGCGAUGCUUCGUCCGAGAUUCAAUCUGUCGACGAAGGAUCCUACUUUGAGGAUGAAUUAUGUCAAUUCUGUGUGAUGGAUGCUAAGUUCGAGGAAGCAGAAAGUAGUAUUACUAGAAUAGUUCACGGAGUAGCGAUAGAAACAGGAGACCAGGGGGAAGAGGCUGACGUAGAAGAAGAGGAAAGAGACGACAUGCCGCCGACACCUAAUACCGCACCGAUGACGUCGUCUACGACGACGAUAAUACGAAAUCAGACGGCUGAACAGGCUAAAGAAUCCGUACCAUCAAAAGAGACCCUGAAGAGACGUCGUUCACUGACGCCAUCCACAAAUGCAUCGCCGAUUGAGGAGGCAGCUUGCUUUAACACAUCCGAUAGAAAAUCAAAGAAUUGCGCCAUCUUUUAUUUCAAACAUUUAGAUACGGAUUCCGAAGUGGAUUGUUGUCAGGCAAACGAAGAAUCCGCAAAUAUGGUAGAUGAUUCCUCCGAGGAAGAAUGGACUUACACAUCUUCCCGUGCUAAUAAUUAUGUUUGCUCAGAGGAGAGGAAAACAAACGUGGUCGUUCGAUUAGAUUUCGACGAGACGCCGCGUGUUAGCGUAAAUGAGAAGAUGCGAUUUGUAGAACACAAUGACAGAAUGGCUGAAGUUAAAGAGAACGAAGAGGUUGAGGAGCGAAUAUCGAAGAGACAGGCGAAGAAUGUCGAUCACGAGGAAGAGGAGGAAGAGGAGGAGGAGGACGAAGAGGAGGUGGCAGCGAUAGCGGAUGCUCCAGAAAAGGAUAGCGAUGACGAUGCGAAGAGCGACAAAGCUAGCAUAGGAAGAUUGAUAAAGGAAGUAGAAAAGUUGGUAAGGGAAGAGAGACAGGCUACUUUUCCCAGAACGUUUCCUCCUUUAAUAUUUGAAGAAAAAAAGGGGACAACGAUGAAUCACCGGGCGAAAUAUGCUCGUAUAAAGGAAUGGUUGAGAAUGAACUCAGCAAGAGGUCAUGAAGUUGCGAGGACAGGCUUAUUACAGCCCCUAGACAGCUGUGACGCGAGUGGGGAAUAUACGACAGAGGAAUCUGAUGGGGAGAGGCAAUCUGUCUCGUCGGAGGAUCUGCAGAGUAGUGUCGCGACCUAUCGUCGCUUUGAAAGCGGAGCUCUCGGCCGAGCACAGUCACAGUCGAUGUCGCAAGAAAUAAUUGAGGACUUUGAUAAAACGCCCGUCAAUGAAAACCGUUCGGUAUUGGAUAGCUGUACACCAAAAGUUAUAAUGCGUUCGAGACAAAAAACAAAUGGUCCUAGACCUUGGAGCGUUUCUUGCAUAUCACAAAUAGCUUCAAGUUCCGGAUUGAAUCAGGUCAAUGAUUCCAUCUCGCAAUUCUCGAUCUCGCAAUCUGAGACAGCCCUGCAUCAGCUCGUUGUAUCACCGCCAACUAAAUCUAUUUCGUUGGAUGCUGCAGGUUUACCUAAGUCAUUUAAUAAUUCAACGUCGACUUUGCUAGAGGAGUCGAUCAUAUGUCAAGACGGACGUACUGCUAGAAAUAGUUCAUUACGUAGGAAAAAAAGUAGGCUUAAGAAGAAACAUUUGGGUCGGAAAAGUGGUUCUAGUUCCGAAUGUGUUAGUGGAAAUCAUCAUUCGGCAGGAAGCGAUGGUAGUUUGAAUCAACAAAAAUCUCUUCGUAAGAUGAAUACAAAUCGAGUUUUACGUGCAGUUUCAAGGGAGUGUUAUGGACAUUCGACGACUCUUGUUAAAUCUGGUUCCUUCUCAGGAUGUACCGCUCAUCAACAAUUAAACGUUGAAACAUUGCCUGUGGGCGAUUCUUCACUGGCACUUGCUAUGCCCUGCUGUCGUGACUUGGUUGCUUCAACGGAGGCGGAAGAAGAAGAACGCAGUUGUAUCAAAGGUUGUUCCACUUAUGAAGACAGUUUAUUAGACACUGUCCUUAAUAGCAAAGAACUCUACAAUCGACAAUCUAAUGUCGACAGUGACGUAGAAAUGAAUAGCCUUGGUAACAAUUCUUUCUCAGAGCAAGCUUGGGAUAAUUAUCAGGAAAAAUAUAUGAGUGAAACAUACAGUGAAGCGCCGGAUGUAGAAACAGCACGAAGAUUGUUGGACUUUGGAGAUGAUUAUAGAAACUUUCUUGAUAGUCAAUCGGAUUGUGCUUCUAGUAUGAGUGCUCUUCCUGGUAGUUCAUCAGUGAUGCCUCGAAAUCGGAUGCGCCAUGAAGUAACCGAUACUACUGAAGACAGUGAUAGCGACGUGGAAGAAAUACGUAAUGUCCUUGAAAAAUCACAAUCGCAAUGCGUGCUUGCGGAAAACCUUUUUUUAAGAUCAAAUGGAACUCUACCGCAGGAAAGUGUCGAAGUGGAAAGUGCGUGCAGGGAGAAUUUGAGAUGCCUGAACACAUUGCUCGAAUCUAUCAGCGGAUCAUUCCGGACUGAGAAAUAUACGAAGCAAGUUCGUGGUGCAAUAGAAAGAUGGGAAUUGUUAGCAUCUCGGGUGGAAGAAAGUCGAAUGGCGAGUUCGCUUCAUCAGGAGUUAUCCGCGAUGCUGCUGGAAUUUAAAGCCUCGCACAACAGGCUUAUGGCUUAUGAGAUCGUUUUGGAACAACCUCAUGUUCUGGACGAGCGUAUUAAUCGAAUUACGGCGGAAUUGAUCGCUCUAAGGGAACGCAAGGCAGCGAUGUUGGCAUUGAACGUCUCGGCGCAUCGAUUGAUCACCGACCUAGGUGCCUCUACGUCUUUAAUUUUUACGGCCUUGAAGGACGGCGUAGCUGAUCUUUACAGAGUUUGGGACGAGACGUUUCAAAGAGGAAAUCAACGUCUAUGCGCUCUUCAAACUGUCCAACAAUUUAGCAUACGCCUAUCGGAACUUCAAUGCGAUUUACGUAGAGACAAGGAUACUUUAGCGGUGCUGGACGUUGCUCUUCAAGCCGGUGCUACUUCGGAAGUUGCCUCUUCCGUACGUCACGUUGCUCGUCUUCUUUCAGAGAAGCAAGAGGUUCAUUCUCAGAACGAGACGGUGAUAAUGAAUGAUGCGACGAUCGUGGAAAUAACUGCAUGUCCUCUGGCAAAGUUUACUGAUCAGUCAGCAACGUUAUUGAGCCAAGAAGGUGGUUCACUAUCGGACAGUGGAAUAUCUGAUAGCGGUAGCGAGCAGGAGCUGAGCGAACGAGAACGUCGAUUGGCAGCUCUUCGUCGUUUGACGCGUAGCUUGGAGAAUCAACUUGAUCCAGGAAGCGAAGCUUUAACCGAACUUUGGAAAAGGGUCGAGGACGCUGAAAUCGAGCUACGUGAUUUACAGAAACAGUGUCGCGAACUGAUCGUUCGUACUGCAGCCAGCGUCGAAAAUCGUACUAUUAAAAGAAUGUCUGGUCAGCAUCAUUAUCGUACCGACAAACGCAAGAAGGCAUCUGGCAAUGAUGACAACAACAUUGAUGAUGAUGCAAUUAAAGAUCAAUCAGAGAUGGACGCUUAUGUUGGUACAACAAAAUCCGAGGACACUGGUGAUCCGGAGAACGAACCGGACAUUCCUCAUAGUUGGAUAUGGCGUAUCCUGAGGGCCGCAUUGCCCUUCCAGUUGGCUCUAGUCGCUCUUUUCUGUGCCGCCUGUCUUCUCGAACCACAUUGCUGCGAAGCAGCCAACACUCUCAAUCUCUCUUUGACUCCGCAGCUUCGUUACAUCAGAGGACCCCCUCCAGUGUAAAUAAACGUCGUCCAGUUCGACCGAUUCGUUACAGCACAGAAUAUGUGUGGGUGUUUGCGUGUAUGUAUAUGUGUACGUUUAAGUGUAUGUAUGUGUGUGUGUGUGUGUAUUUGUGUACAUAUGUGUGCGUGUAUUUGUAUACGUAUGUAUUUGUAUACAUAUGACAGUGCCAUCGUUCGUAACUUGAUCGACGACUUUUUUCUUUCUAGUUUACGUACUGCCCUCGUUGUUUUCUUGAUAUAUAUAUAUAUAUAUAUGUGUAUCUGUGUGUGUGUGUGUGUGUGUGUGUUAUAUAUGUAUGUAUAUGUUUAUGUAUGUAUGUUUUUAUACACUGCCUGCUUCGUCGUCAGAUCGACGAUUAAUUUUUCAUUAUGCUCAAAUUUUCUUACGCGAGGAGUACAACUGGAAAGAAAUAGUCUUUGUUCGAAAAUUGAUUCAAAGAUUUCAUUCGAGAACUUGUUUAAUCAUUUCGUUCGAGUUACGACGAUCGAGCAUAUUUUUAUUUGUUCUCUUCUUUUUUGUAUAUAUAUAUAUAUAUAUCUUUAUUUAUAGAAAUGCUAUUUAUCGAACAAAGAGAUAAAUGAGAGAAGACCGGAGGACCGGUUAAUAUAAUAUGGCGAAUUUGAAGUCGCAACAAAUAAUAACGUUAUAAUAAUUACAUGGAAGAUCAUAAUGAUCGAGUUAUUAACGAUGAUAGGAUUCUUUUUUAUUUUUUAUUGUUAGAAGAAGAAAUAUAUAUUUAUUGAAAGACGUAUGGCGGACCAAUAUGGCAGCCGAAUAUAUCAUUUCCGAAUAAAAGCGGUUUGCUUUCGGAAAAUGAAAAACACCACGUAGAAUGAAAAAUCGAAAUUGAGUUCGAUUUAGACGUACCAGUAUUGCGAGUAUUUACACAUUAUAUGUUACUAUUCUCGCAGAAAGAUUUAUACGAUCCGACUUUAAAGAGAGAGCCUUUUACUUAUCUGGGUAGAAGGAUGAGGAGAAAGAGGAAGUAGAAGAAGAAGAAGAAGUAGAAAAAUUAGAAAAAGAAACAGGUGUAGAUCGAAGUAGUAAAACCGAUUUUGUUUCUACUGUCGUUUCUCGAGACAGUGACAGAAUUGGAAAGUAGGCUGAUUUGGUGAUAAAGCCUUCGAAGGAAUCAGAUAGAUGAUAGAUAGAUAGAUAGAUAAAUAAAGAGAGAAAAAGAGAGAGAGAGGGAGAGAAAGAGGAAGAGAGAGAAGAUAGACAAAGAGAGAAAAAUGUAAGUUUCAUUGGGGAUAACGGGAAAUCGUUCUGCGGACCAGUAUUUUUCUAUUUUCGUCCAGAUUCACUGCACAUACGUAUGUAUGUAGCUUGUUAGAACAUGAUCUCCCAUCACCAUCUUCAUUUCUCGUUACACCAUCAUCGUACGGCUCACUCACGUUUUCGUCAUUUAUUUCGUCUUUUUAUUAUUUUUUUUUUUUUUUUAAUGUUUUUUUCCUCAAUAUAAUUCUCUUCCUAACAAGAAAGAAGAGUUUUUCAUUAUUAAAAAUCAAAUUAGAUCGGAAAACGAUGAAAAUUCCGAAUGCUAAUUUGAAUUCGUUAAAUAUCAUGUUCAUUAAUUUUGUUUUUUCUAUAAUAAUGGUGUAUAUAUACGAUCGAUUACGACGUAUGACGAGAAGAUUAUCUACAAGAGAUUAGAUUUUCGCUUAUUAUAAAGCGUGUUACACUGCCAUCGUAGAAGAGAAGAGACGUUCAUUAAAAAAUCUUAUUUACUCGUUUAUAAUGAACAAACGGAUGUGCAAAAUAGAUAAAGAAGUGUUAGUAGGAGUAUUGUCUGUUAUAAUACAGACUUUGAUGCUAAUUGAACAGUUGAUAACGAAGAUCGACAACAAUCCAUUUGAAGGGAUAGCACAACUAUUUUUAUUUCUUUUCAUUUCUUUUUCUUUUCUUUUUUUUUCUCCAUUUCUUUUCCUUUUGAUAUCGAUAUCACUUCGAUGUCGAGUCGCUUACUAAUACGUUAAAAAGAUAAAUAAAACGAUCAACUGUGUUUUUUACAGUUAAAGUAGAUAACCGAAAACGGUUUGAUAAUUCGCGUAUUUUUAAUACGCGAAAAUGGAGAAAUAUUUGUAAAGACGUGAAAUCGACAUCGAUUACUGAACAUGUCAUCGUCUUGUACACACAUACACACUCACAAAAUGAGCUUAUUUUUUCUUUUUUCUUUUUUAUUUCAUCGUUGAGAACAUCAAUUAAUCGUGUCUUUUGAGGUAGAGCGUAGAAAGGUAGUUAUACGCUUUGUGUAAAGUUCUUCACGAUUUAUCAGAAAGACAUAUUUAACAAAACUUUCUUUCAUUCAUGACGAAUUAUGAUUACAGGACAAUUCUCUUGCAAUCGCGAUGAUGACUUCCGAUCUUUCGUACGAUGCUUACCGUGUAAGCGUACUCAUUUGUGUGUAUUGAAAAAAAAAAAUAAAAAUAGGAAUAAAGUAAAAUAAAAACAAAGAUAAAAAUAAAAAUUAAAAUAAAAAUAAAAUAAAAAAAUUAGCAAUAAUGUAUUGCUAACGCUUGCUCGGAUUCAUUAAAGAUGACUAGCGACGCACUUUAAUCCAUAAUCGACGAAAUGCAUUUUGCAGACCAUUUUACAUCUUUUACAUUAUACGUUAUGACGUAUGACAACGACGUUAUUUUAAUGUAUUUUCAUAGAAAUCGCGUACAUCGAUAUUACUUGAUUAAGUACGUGUUGGUGUUUUAAAAGAAGAUUCACGAUUGACCGUUCAGCAUUGAACGUUGGACGAAAAACUUGCAAGUUUUUCGUAAUUAAAGAAACAAUUGAUGAUCGAUCGAUCAAUAGAUCGAUCGUAUUUGUACAUUUAUGAUUUAUGUACUGCAGCGAUAACUAAGGAGAGAGUAUGCGAUAAUACCUAUCCUUCUUGCUCUCCUUUUAGGAUAAUGUGGGAUUUUAAACAAAAAAAAUUAAUAAAAGAAUGAAAAAAAGACUAAGAAAAAAAGAGAUGGAGGGAGAAAGAGAAACGUUGAAGAUGGAGAUACGAAGAUAAAAUAAGGGUAAAAGUUUGUUUACAUGAUUAACGACGAUCUAUCAUAUAUCCUACAAGUAUCAACGAAAUGUACAACUUUUUUUAAACGAUUUCCUUGUUUCAUUAUUAUUAUUAUUAUUAAUAUUAUUAUUAUUAUUAUUAUUAUAAUUAUUAUUAUAAUUAUUAUUAUUAUUAUUAUUAUUAUUUUUCUUUUUCUUUUUUUUUUUUUACACAACUAUCUUAGCUAAUUACUUUAACGACGAUAAUUGUGUGUUGUAGACCAUGAUUUCAUCCGAAAGAUUGUUCGUGUUUAGACGACAAAUAUAAAUUGACGGUUUCGAAGUCGUUCUUUCGAUAUUAUCAAAUAGUAUUACCUUUAGUAUAACACGGCACUGUUCUUAAAUUUUUAACUAUUUCGAUGCUCUAAUUUUACGUUGUCCCCUUUGGGAUGAUUUUUAAUAAAAUGAUGAAAUAUUAUUCGAUAGAAUCGAACAUUCUACUUUGAUGUAUCGAAAUUGAUCGAACGACGAAUUUGUACGGAUAAAUUCCAAUUUGUUCGUCAAUCAACCGCUCGAUUGAUAGAUUGAAAAAUAGAUAGAUAGAUCGAUUUCACCGUCUCCCAUUAAUAUUUUCUUCUCCUUUAGUCCAAACUUGAAAGUUAUCUUGUACUUUGGAGAUUUUACUUUGAAUAAUUAUUAAAGUAACCCUCGCUGAUUGAAUGUUUUUAUAAUACAUGAUUGAAAUUUUAUGCCCGAUCAAUGAGUAUGAACGUUUUGAAAUUUUAAUAUCAAUUGGAAAUGUCAUUUUAAUUAUUUUUACGUAUUAGAAUUUUCUUAAUUUUAAUCCUUUUUACGAUUUGUUGGGCAUCUUUUGUUUCAUCGAUUUCUCUUAUUUUCAUUUCAUCGAAGUAUAUAGAUACAUAUGGAGAAGUAACAUAUAUUAAAAAAAAAAAAAAGAAAAAAAAGAAAAAAAAAGAAAAAAAAAGAAAAAAGAAAAAAGAAAGGAAAAAAAGAUUUGCGCUUUUACUUCUCACUUACAUUUAUGAUACAUGUAUAAAGUACCUGAGAAAUCAAAAUAUUUUACGUUUAAUGAUAAUAUGCAGUAUCUCUUCGCUUGCAUUCAUGACGAUGCAUUUUUCAUUUUAUGUUUUUUUGUAUUUUUUUUUUUUUGUAUUUUAUAUUGACAUCCACUUAUCGUGGUUGUUUAAACUUACGAGAUGCGUUCGAUUGAUAAAUAUAUAACGAUCGUAUUCGCAUCUUCUGCAUGCGAAUCUUUUCCUUUAAAAUUAUUAUCUUUGAACGAUAUAAGAAUAUUUCUGUAAAAAAAAAGAAAUAAGGAAAAAAGGAAAAAAAGUAAAAAGAGAGAAUUACGAUCCUUACGGAAUAUUUGACGUUGCGUUGGUGUCUACAAGUUUUUUUGUGUUUUUAUUUUCUUUUUUUGUUUCUUUUCAUUUUCGUUUUUUUUUUGUUCUCUUUUUUUAUUACAAUUUACUACUCACACUAAUAAUUCCUUAUCCUUGCCGUUACUGUUUUUUCUUGUUAUUUAUUAUUACUUUGCUUAUAAAACCUGUAGACAAACCCACGAAAUCACGUCUCUAUUUUGUCUGUUUUUUUUUUUUUUUUUUUUUUUUUUUUCCUUUAAAGAAACUACUUGCUUUCUUGUAACGUGAGAAUGGCUCUAGAACAUAUUAAAAUUAUAUUUUCAAAAUCAAAUGUGUUAAAGAAUCUGGUUCGUUAUUUCACUGAAGUUAAACUUUAAAGAGAGAAAAAAAAUUACUAUGUUGUGUUAAAGAAUCUGGUUCAUUAUUUCAUUGAAGUUAAACUUUAAAAAGAGAAAAAAAUUACUAUUUUUCUAAGAUUUUAAACCUACAAGUAGCGAAGAGCAUCGAAACAAUCAAAAACUAAUCAGCGACUAACGAGCGUGAUUCUUAAAAAGAAAAAGAAUAAAAAGAGAGUAUUAAAAUUAUAUUAAUGGUAUGCUGAUCAUUUCAAUGUUAUAAGCUUGUUUUUAUUUGUAUAUGUCGAAUGGUAACGAAAAGUUUGUCUAUAUGUUAGUCUCUUGACAAGACUUUAAAAAUUAUUAUUAAUUAUUUUAGUAAACUUAUAAAUACAUAAAAGUUUAUAGAAAUGAACGAUAAAAUCGAAACAAUAAUAUUGAAAAAAAAUAACAAUUUUUUAUUAUUAAUUAUGUCAUUGUUCUUGCAUACAGACGAUUUUUCGUUACUCUGUCUAUUUCGAAAAGAUUGCUAUUGAAUUUCGCACUUUUAUAGUCAUACAAUAUAUCUUCAAGUAAUACCUGAACUCUAAAACACGUUGCCGAGAGAGAGGGGGGAGAGGGAGAGAAAGAGAGAGAGAGAGAGAAAGAAAGAGAGAGAGAGAGAGAGAGAGAGAGAGAGAGAGAGAGAGAGAGAGAGAGCGUAUCCGUAUUUAAAGAAACAUUGUGUAAUGUAUUUCGGCAUUUUGAAAUAAAAAUAAAUUGUAAAUUCUUGAA